CACCGCGCGAGCGGUCUGGGUUGUCGUGCCGCCGCCUUUCAGUGGUGCGGUUGUUCGUGGCGCUCUUUCGGGUCCGCGGCGCCUCCGUUCUUUCUCCCUUCCUCUGCCGGGCCCGGCGCUGCUUCCCGCCCGCUUCCCCCCUCCCCCCUCGCGGCCGGCGCGUUCACGCGAGUCCCCGGCUUCGCUCGAGGCCUACGUCCCUUUCCACCCCCUCCGUCAGCCGGUGACAUGGCGCGGCUGUCUGUGCCCAGCUCGCAGAAGGCCCUGCUGCUGGAGCUGAAGGGGCUUCAGGAGGAGCCCGUGGAGGGGUUCCGAGUCAGCCUGGUGGACGAGGGGGAUCUCUACAACUGGGAGGUGGCCAUCUUCGGGCCCCCCAAUACGCAUUACGAGGGUGGCUAUUUCAAGGCUCGGCUCAGAUUUCCCAUUGAUUACCCUUAUUCGCCGCCUGCCUUCAGAUUCCUGACCAAAAUGUGGCAUCCCAACAUAUACGAGACAGGCGAUGUCUGCAUUUCAAUUCUACAUCCUCCAGUGGAUGACCCACAGAGCGGGGAGCUGCCUUCAGAAAGGUGGAACCCUACCCAGAAUGUACGAACAAUUCUUCUUAGUGUGAUCUCACUCCUCAAUGAACCAAACACAUUCUCUCCUGCAAACGUCGACGCUUCGGUGAUGUACAGAAAGUGGAAAGAAAGCAAAGGGAAGGAUCAGGAAUAUACGGACAUCAUCAGGAAACAAGUCCUGGGCACCAAGGUGGACGCCGAAAGGGAUGGAGUCAAAGUCCCCACAACGCUAGCCGAGUACUGCGUCAAGACCAAGACGCCCGCCCCAGACGAAGGCUCCGACCUUUUCUACGACGACUACUACGAAGACGAUGAGAUGGAUGACGAAGUGGAAAGCUGCUACGGGGAUGAGGACGACUCCGGGAAUGAAGAGUCUUGACGAGGGAUACCCUGCCCAGCCCCCUCCUCCCCUUUUCCAACCCCCCAGCCCCCUCCCUCCACCGCUGCCUCCUGCUGCUGCACCCGAUAGUAGCAAUAAACUACCUGACUCAUACUUGAACCCCGGAUGCGACCGGCUGAGACGUGGAACCCCGUUUGACCCUGAGACAAAAAGAAAGCAAAAACUCUACCUCAAAAGGGAGACUCGGCUUCUGUUUGGCGGAGGGAGGGGGUGGGACAUCUCCCGUUUGGCUUCAAGUGCUGUGUGUUUGGGCUUCGUUUGCUUUUUUUUUUAAAAAAAAUUUUAUGGCGGGGCGGGGGGCGGAUGGAAGCGAUUUCUGCUCCAUCCUGAGCUGUUCGUUGGCCCUGCUGUCUGGCAGGGAGCUCCGCACCCUUGAAGACCAGUGCCAAGGAGGUUGCGGGAACUGAGUGCGAGGUUUGGGAUGGCUUUUGUGAUGUUGUUGGGUUCCCCCCCCCAUUUAAAAAAAAGAAAUUAGGCCAAGGGAUUGGGGGACAGUUCCCAGCAAGGGUUUCCUAGCUGCACCCGAUGGGCCGGGGGGAGGGAGGCCUUGGGGACAGCCUGGGCCAGACUGUGUUUCUCCAGCAGAGGCAGGGGUUGUCAAGCGGGUGUUUCCCUCGCGUUCUCUCCGGAGACGGGGCCCAAAAGUCUGCGGAUGUUUGCUCCACAGGAGAAGAAGGCUUUCUUCCUUCGUCCCAGCCCCACCUUGCUCCAGAGCACAGGCGUGUUGGCUCAGGGGCUCCGCCACCCUUCCGCAUGACCAGGAGCCCCUCGAUCAUAGAAUAUCCGCUUUUUCCCCCCUGUCUUUUGCCUGACCGCCCUCCCUCCCCCAUCUUCCCUUCCACAAAGUCUUGGAUGCUGAGUUGGGGGUGGCUGCCUCCUGCCCACCGAGCUUUGACUUUCAGCUUCUUGUUGGGGAGUCCCCCGCCCCCUGGCCCAGCAAACGAACAGAGAUCAAGGCCCUGCCCUGGGAUCCCUGGAGCUUCCCAGCAACAGGGAGCAAAUGAGGAGGGUGGCCGUCAGUUGCACAGCAUUGUGCAUUCUCGGUCUACCCUUGAGGGUACGGCUAAAACAGUUCUCGAAUCAGCAGCCAUGCCCCUCAGUCACUAGAGAGCUCACUGCUGGACGGCACGGGCACUGGAGUGGACAGAAGGCUAGUGGUACAGGGUGCACUCCGGCCUCUGCACCGGCUUCACCAGUAGUAUCUCCUCCUGAAGCCUCAGCCCCCCCCCCCAUUUCCAGACACAUCAGGCAAAAGCCACGUAGUUCCUUAGCAGGCCUCAGCUCUGCUUGAGCAGGCCCAUACCUGCAGCCACACAUCCACGUUUGGGGCCCUCCAGCCAGGAGAAACUGGGGGGGGGGAGGCAUGGAAGGGGAAGUGGCCUUGGUCCCUGUCCUCCUCUUCCUCUUCAGGGGAUUCCUCUUCUGAUCCCCGUUGCAGAGAGAAAAGACCAGGCCACUUUCGCAGAUGGAAAAAACAAGCCACUGGUGGAAGAGAGACACUCUGUCCAACUUGGGUGUCUUCCCUUGAGCCCCAAGAGGGAGGAUGGAGAGCAGAUCAGCAAGACCAGGAGCCAAUCCUUGAAUCCAUCAGACGCUCCAAAAAGCAGAUGUUCCACAGCUGCUCAGGAACAUCUGCAAGGCCCUGGCCCUGAAAGGCUCCCUGAGAGACCCACUGGUGGCAGAGGUUACCAUAGCUAAAAACAGCCCGACCACUCUUCCUGUCUUGCCUUUGACAAAGUCUUUCACGCUGAGUUGGGGGCGACUGCUUUCUGACCACCAAACUUUAUGCCUUCCCUCAGCAAGCUCUCGGGCUGUUCAACUCCUCUCUGGUGGAUGGAGGUCCUGCAGGGCAGAGCAUAGCCAUAAUCACAAAGGCCACCUCAGGAUCUACCAGGGCUUCUGUCCUCUGGAUCAAAGAACUAGCUCAGCUCAUCCCUCCAGAGCACAGGGAACUCAGAUGGGAUGAACAAGCUAGCCAAGACCACCAUCGUUGCUGCUGGUCUGAAUGCCCAAAUCUCAGCCAGAGGCCUGGUGGAUAGCAUAGCCGCUAACAGACAACUUUGGCCGGAGAUCUGAAGAACUGGAACUUGGUCCUUUGACCUGUUUGAGGAAAACAAGCCAUGCCAGGGUCUUCAGGAAUGGGAGGCCUGCAAGCAAAGUAAAUAAGUAUAUGAAGGCAAGGGCAGCCGAACAAGCUAUGCUUCCCAUUCCUUUCGUUGCUACCUCACUCAGAACGGAAUCUUGGACUGCAAGUCACAGACUACUCUAGGAGAGAACAAGGGCCCCAAAACAAGCCACAUCAGCUGCCACCCAGUUGGAAGUCUUCCCAGGAGAAGAAAGAAAGAAUGACUGUCUGAGCCUCUCUGUGGGUGGGAGGACCUGCAGACUCAACAUCAGACUCAUGGUACCUAAAGGCCAUCUUACAUAGUUCCACCAUCAAAUUUUCCUGGCCCCAGAAGACUGUUUCACCUCUUUCUCCAAGUCACACGAAGGGACCAAAUGUUGGUUAGUCCUGAGAGCGAUAAAUCACCUUCAGAGCAUCAAACAAGUCCCAUGUGGCAGCUGAUUAUCUGGUUCCUAUUCCAUAUUCUUCAUCCUCAAGAAGAGCAAGGAAUGGCAUGUCAUCCUGGACCUCGAGGGAGUGAACAACUAGAACAAAUA